GAACGGAGGGUUGUCAGGCUUCACAUGACGCCACCCUCAUCUCUUCGCAUCCCGAUUGUUGGUGCCAACAUGAUGGCCGUGGGCAAUGCAUCAUUGACUCGACUCUUAUCAAGUUCAGAAGAUUCCGUGAAAGAGAUUGGCAAGGGAUGACUAGCUAAUAAGAGAAUCCCAUUAUUAUUUUUGAAUUAUCUUUGACCAAAGCCACAAAAAAGCAAUCUCUCACUCUUUUACAAAUAAAGAAAAAUGACAGACGGAUGCCGCAGCCCCGACAGCAGCAGUUCUCCCCCCUUGAUGGUGGAACAUCCUUCCAAUGAUAAUAAUAUGACGUUGGAUACCCGUUCCUUUCUGGACCGUUUCUUGCAGGGAUACACCAAAUUCAUGAGCCCGGGUAUCAAUCAAGAUCGAGGCAUCAAACUCUUGCAAUAUACCCUCUGGAUGAUUUCCUAUUACUACAAAGACAAGACCGUGUUACGGGAUGCCCUUCGCAAACUCUGUAAUGAACUCAGUUUUGCCCGUUACGUCCUACGACUUCUUCAAUUGCCGCCUGCUUUGGAAGCCGCCCGCAGUGGCAGUUGGAGUUACAAUCCAAAGGGACAGAUUUUGGGAAAAAUCCUGGCGUGGACCAUGAUCGGAUAUUAUCCUCUCGAACAUGCCGCUUACGUUCAAUGGCAAACUCCCAAAUUGCUAUUUCCCAAAACGGCAGGACCGUCUCGCUUGGCGGAACAGUUAUCGGCAUGGUCGUGUCGUUGUUGGUUCGCCUAUAUCGUCACGGAAAUCCUCCAGUGUUUCUUGGAACUUCGUAAACACAAGAAUCAAUUGAAUCAGUUGGAACACAAGAAAAAAACUGACGAUGAUGACGAGGAAGAUGAUGGAACUGCCAGGGUCAGUAUACAAUCCACUCGCGCCACCAUGCAGAAUUUGAGAUUGCAAAUUGUCCGCGAUUUGCUGUUUGCUUUGCCCGCGAUUCAUUGGUCCUUGCCCAAUUGGGAUACCCAGCCGUGGCUAUCGGAUCCACUGGUCAACACACUCAUGUGGGUCGAGUCCGUCGUUUGCAUGUACCAAAGUGUCGCCAGUUUUCAACGACAAUAACAACAAUCAUGAUACCAGUAGUACUUGAUAAAGAAAAAUAGAUAAAGAAAAGUGUAUGACC